AGUGGCACGGUCGUAUCGUACGGGAACCCGAGCACCCGUGCCAGACCGGCAGAUAUACCGUGAGAGCAUGACACGCAUGGCGUCUCCGCCGCCCUGACGGCUGGCGAACUCAGGCCAACCCAUCGCCGCACACGGCCUGCCCUUCCUCGUCGCACCCCCACCCGUUAGCUUAGCCGUAAACCUCGCCGGGGCAGCUGCGGGCCUGCGGCCGACCGGCUCAUCCCGGCCUGACCCAAGGGAUGCGGCGAGACGCGACCGUAGCCCCGCAGCCGGUCGCGGCCGGCGCGCCGGAAAUGAGGAAGGCCGAGUUGCUGGUCAUCGAUGUCGACGCGGGGGCUGCGGCUCACGGCGUGGCGUGCCGUAUCUGCCACCUCAGCCCUGAGGGCGGCGACGGGCCUGCGACGGUUCCCGGGGCACAGGUGAUCCGGCUCGGCUGUGGAUGCAAGGAGGAGCUCGGCGACGCGCACCGCCAGUGCGCCGAGGCAUGGUUUCGGAUUAAGGGCGACAGGCGCUGUGAAAUUUGUGGUUCAGUUGCUAAAAACAUCACUGGGUUGGAAGUGAAAAGAUUCAUGGAGGAGUGGCAUGGGCAAACAAUGGCAGACACCAGAAUAACUAUGGAAGGGGAAAGUACUUGCUCGAGGCGGCAGCCGUUCUGUAACUUGUUGCUAGCUUGCUUACUGACUGCAUUCAUGCUUCCCUGGUUUUUUCGUGCACAUAUAUUCUGAUUUGUACUGUUGCAACUGUGUCAUGUGGAAUCACACGGAUUGUACAUAGUUUUAUUGGAAUAGUCACAACACAGCUCCUUAUACUUUCUAUAAAAAAAUCCAUUUGGGUAGUUUUCCUCUUAAUUUGUUACUUAAACUCCUGAAAACUCCUUUUGAUAAUAAUGUUGAUUUGAAAUUCUGCAAUAUUCCUUUUUAUUUGCAAAUAUAAUAUGAUGUUGAAUCAAAGGGGCUCAAGUAGGGAAUUUUUGAGCAUUCUAUAUUUAUUUCGUUAUCAUUAGUCAUUAACACAUCACUCAUGUUCCUUAUUCCUGCUUCGCUGCUAUGACUUGGCCUCUUAUUAUGUCUCCCCUGCUAACAUGGGCAGUGAGAUUAUCCCUUCUGUGAAAGUGAUGUGUUGUAAUACAGUAGAUAUUAUCCAAAUGCACAUCCUCUUGCUUCCCGAAGUAUUGGACCCCUGUAAAUAUUUUAUGAAGUGAUGUGUGACAUUUUGCUAACUCUUUUGUCUUCUUUUUC